AUGGCCCUUGAUGGUGUUCCUAUGUGGCAUCUGGUUGCGUCUUCCUUUUGGCUUUACUAUUCUGUAUUCGGCGUCUUUGCUUGUGGUGCUCUCUUAGACCAGAUGGGCAUCAUUGGUGGAGCUUUGCCUCGUGUGCAACGCGGAGCUAUCCCACUGCCCUUACCGGCUCACCGCGUCUUUGGAUCACAUUUUUUUCACGACCUUCUCGACGUGAAGUGUUUUGGUAACGCCGCUCUUGGCCGUUCGCCAGACGAGAUAAGUUAA